AUGGUUCUUGGCGAGUCGGCGCCAGUUGCUGAUACAUCAGACAACUUCGAAGAGUUCGAAGUGCAUAAGUGGAUUUCCAGGGACCGCCGUGCCGCUGAUCCCUCGGGUUUUCCGUUUACUACAUGGUACGCAGCCAUGGAGGCCCAUAUCCUUCCUGGGGCCUUUCUGAAACUGCAAGGCCGGCUCAAGAGAGCGCUUGUUCAGCCGCUGUCGAACCGCUGUAUCGUCGAUCGCAGUGGGUGCCAAUUCCAAUGGGUAUCUGAGGUCGUCGAUCCCGAGUCAGGUCUCGUCAAGUUCACAGGAGCGAUGGGGACUUUCCAGCGCCUGGGGCUUGUAGCCGUUCUAUCGGAGGGAUGGCAGUAUAAGGUUAGCUUGAGCGAAAUGUACUCCCGGGACUCGAAGGAUGAAGUGAGCAGAGAUAGCGGGGAGGGUCAAGAUGAAGAGAACAGAGAUGGCGGGGAGAGUGAAGAUGACUGGGACACAGAAGAUGAAGAGGACAGCGAAGAGGGCAUCGAAAGGCUUGAGUGUCUGGAGCAUGGAAAGUACUGGGCCCUGUGCGACAAAGAGGCCGAAAGGACAUUCUGGCGAUGGGAACUCGCACCUGGUCAGGUCAAGAAGACACUCGGCGGUGAGCCGCCCACAAAAGGGGUGAUCUGA